AUGAAUGGUCAUUCGAAUGGUAUGGGAAAGGAGAAGGAUCGAUAUGUACCUGUGAGGAGAGGGAGAGGGGGUUCCGGAAAAUGGCUUGAUGUGGUGGCGUCAAUACUGGAACCUAAACUUCUUCUUGCUGUCGCUCCAGUCAGGAUGUGCCAUCGUAGCAAUAUGGUUGCUGAAAAGGAGCGGAUAUCUCAAGGAAUUGGCGGGGCUGGAGCUUCAGAAGGUGAAGACUUGGCUUCCUCUAUCGAUACUACUCCUGGUCUCAAAUUACAUAUCUUAUAA